UAUCCUGUAUGAUUUGCCAGUUUAACAUUCGAUUAAUACAUGACAUUUCAUAACAUUUAUAAUUUAUCUUUGACUAUUUAGACCAUCUUUAAACUACAAAUCUACCGCUGGCUGUUGUAAAUGAUACUUCUCUGACUUCAUGAAAGCAUUAUAACAUCUCUUAUAUUGGCUCUCGUUAAAUUGAGUGUAGCUAAUAAAGUGCCCCGAAUUAAAAAUUAACCUCUCAUUGUAUUGUUGCAAAAGGUAACGCCAGAACAAAUAAAUACCCUUAAUUACACAUAAUUCAAAAUAAAUGAUCAGGAUUUUAGAUUAUUUUUACUGAAUACACAUAAGCAGUAAUAAAUACACAUAAGCUACGGUUUUGUAAACGACUGGCAAUGUGCAUGUAGUGUAUCGUGGAGGAGGGCGUGUACAAAUGGAGAGAGAGAUGUUGGUUUAUAUAGAAGUGGCUGUGAGUGAGUGCACGUCUCAUUCACUCUUCUUCUCAACUCCACCGCACAUUAGAAUAUUUUCAACACAAUGACAGUCUAGUGCAGUGACCUUCUCUUCAUUAGUUCUCUCCUGCAAGGUGCACUGCCUUGUAUCGACACUUCCACCAUCACCACCACCACAAAGGGAGCCGCCAUGCACUGCCAAGCCGAGGUGAGGCUCUCCUCCCCGGGCCAGCUGAAGUUUGCCAGACGGCGCUACAAGACCUUCAUGAUUGACGAGAUUCUCUCCAAGGAGGCUUGUGAUUACUUUGAGAAGUUUUCCCUUUACUCCGUGUGUCCGUCUCUCGUCGUGCGGCCGAAGCCUCUGCACUCUUGUUCCGGCCCCUCAUCACUACGUGCCUACCCGCUCCUCUCCGUCAUCACACGACAGCCUCCCAACCUCCCGGCCCACCUCCCGCAGCCCCCGUCCCCGGGCGGAGUCCCGUCGCACCUGCCCCUGCUUUCGCCGCAGCACGGCCGAGGCCCCGAGGCGUCGCCCUGCAGCCAGACGCCGCUCAGCAUCAGCAGCGAGUCGGACACGGAGCGCAGCACGCCGCGCCUGAAGAAGGCCCGUCGCAGCCGCACCAUCUUCACGGAGCUGCAGCUGAUGGGCCUGGAGAAGAAGUUCCAGAAGCAGAAGUACCUCUCCACGCCGGACAGGUUAGACCUGGCCCAGUCCCUCGGCCUCACGCAGCUCCAGGUGAAGACGUGGUACCAAAACAGGCGCAUGAAGUGGAAGAAGAUGGUGCUCAAGGGAGGUCAGGAGGCACCCACCAAGCCUAAGGGAAGACCCAAAAAGAACUCCAUCCCCACCACCGAGGAAAUAGAAGCCGAGGAGCGGCGGCUGAAGCAGGAGGAAGAGGAGCGCCUGAGGGGGACGGCGGAAACGGAAGCCACACCUCAACUCGAGCCUGAAGAUCUAAGCCCCGCCUCAAACACGACCCCGCAGAGUAACGGCGCGGCGAGGGUGACGGAGGAGCGAGCGAUGCCUCUCCUGAUAACCUCAGAGACUCACGCAGAGAGCUAAGCAACAACACCACAACCAAAGACUGAUACCACAACACCUGAAAACAAAUAGUGCCUCAGGAUCACUGUUAAAAGAAAACAGCCUGCGCCAUGCCUUUAGGGUCAUUUGUUACCCACAAACAUGCAAUCUAUACUGGCAUUUGUGCUUGGUCCAGCUGUGGCUAACACACUGUUGGAAAAAAAUACUCAACACAGCACAAAUGAUUGACAUUUGUGUCGCCCAUGCAUGUACUACAUAUUAUGUUAAUUAGUUGCUAAGUCCGGGGACGUUUAGCUGGAUGGCGGCCAUGUUUUUCAAACAAUUUUGCUCAAGUUUUGCCCACAUGUGCUUAUCAGUCCCCUAACGGUGCGUACCAAAUUUCGUGGCGAUUUGACGAAACACCCUAAAGUUACAACGGGUGUUUUUGAGCCGUGGGAUAAAUUUCAAGCCCGUCCGACUUAUGCGGGUCAAAUUUUGGGGUUUGAUAACAUUGCCUCCGUGUGGCGUAUAUGUCAGAAACGUAAUAGCACAGGCAACACAGUGGGGGUGUACGUCUUGACCAAUUUUCACACUUUUGCAUGCAGCACUUCAGCAGUAGAAGCUUGCACAAACAAAUGCAUACGUCCCCUACCGGUUUUGGAGGUUGGUAAUGUACUGCAUUAGUGAAGCGGUUGCAAAACUACCUUUCCAAAAAACCUUAAUUCUACUUUUUCCUAAAAGUUGCACUGCAGAAUCCAAAUGCAGUCGCUUCGUCAAGCCUUAAAUGUAUCACAAUACAAUAUUUCACCGAUUGUGUCACAAAUCUUGCCUCACCUGAUGCUCGUGCCAAAAAUGUUAGGGUUUGCCCUACUAUGCUGUAACCAUGUAGCAUGAAUUCACUGCCAAAAUAAAUAAAUAAAUAUAAAUAUAUACUGUAUAUAUAUAUGUAACAAACGGCUGCCGUGCCUUGUCGGUCUCAGAGGGAAGCAAUUUUUAUUUUUUUUUUUAAAUUUGAGCUCUUCUCAGCAACAUACCUGUCAAGCCAUACACUGUAUCAUACUGUAGAAAUAUGUGUAAAUGAUAAGCUCUAUGUGUAAAACAGUAUUUUUACCUGCUGUUUGAAAUGGGAUGAUUAUAAAUAGUUUGUAUAUGUCCCGCAGUUCCAGCCGUUCUCUUUGCGCUGUCAGGAUGGCUCCUCUUUUCUGCCACAAGAAAGCCAUUAGCAACUUUUAAGCUGUCAAGAGAUUCUUCCGAGGAAAUAAAUCACAGCCUCUUGCCAAAGAUUCAACAUUUAAAGUGUCAGACAUUCUCAGCCUGCAGGCUUUUUUUUUUUCUUUUUUUUUUGCCUUCAACCGCCUGUGACUGACUUUGCUUCUCCUCUUCGCCUUGGAAACUUUUAUUUGCUUAUUGUUUCAUAUGAACAAAUGCAGUAUUUUUCUGAUUUGUAAAUAAAUAACGCUUGUUUGUUGAACUUGCGGGUGUGUGUUACACCACGUGUGUGUGUGUGUGUGUUUAUGUAUUUAAAUGCACUUACCAAUUGAAAGGUUGGAUUGCGGUCGAGGUUGUCCUGUGUUUCCACCUUCGUUUCCAUUUCGGUGCUCUUAUUUUGUAUUUCUGUAUUUCCUGUUUUGGCGCCGUAUGCUGCAUCUUUACUUGGGCUAGAGAGCGCUGGCAGCGCACCUGCGUGUUGUUGGCAAUUAGCGUGUUAUUUACAUUCAGCGGAUCGUUGCAUGUGGUUUUAUGUCUUUGCUCUAUGCGUCCCGCUUCAUUCCCAUGAGCAUCCUGGAAUUAUUUUACCUUUUUGGGCAUGUUUCCUUUUCCCCUCUGCCUUCCAUGAUGAGUCUACGCCUAUGCUUUCUUGUGUUUUUGUGAGUCCUGCCGUUC